AUGGCAAUCAUGUCGCUCUUGGAGCUGCGUCCGUCGCGAGACGUGGUGCCGCAAGCCCUGACGAUCCUGCUGCGGACCCUGGGACACUACGUGGGCAUGUAUCCCUGGUGGGUCGUGUCCAUCACGGUGGUGAUGUCGCUGGGGUUUGCCGGCUCCACCUACUGGACACUGGACUACCAGACCAACAUUGAGCAGUUGUACAUUCCCAUUGACGCGGACUCGUGGACGGACCGACGGGUUGCAGAGCACUAUUUUCCCGUCAACUUUUCGGGGAGAUUCCAGCCAGACAGAAGGGAAGGGCUCCCGAGACGCGAGUUUGCAGCUCGCUCGUUGUUGGCCCGUGAACUGCUUUACGUCUUUUCCGUAAUCGACCCUCCAUCGAGUGUGGUCGAUGGCGCCAGGGUUCCAGCAUUGGAUGUGGCUAGAACCUCGGAAUUGCUAAAUUUAGCCUCCUGCAGCUGGCAAGCAGGCUCACUCACUCUCUAUUUGUGGGUAAUGCGCAUGACCCCUGAUGAAAUAUUCAUUAUGUGA